GUUCUGGAUCAAUUUAGGGUAUCAGAGCUGCAACUUGCAUUAAUCUUUUUUGUUCACCAACUAGAGACCAUACAUAUUGAAUAUCGCAAUUCCUUUCGGCAACUCGUGGAAUCGAAAAGUUAUCACGCGGGAUUGUUUUACGAGGUUUUGCUGCUUGAUUUGUGACGGUGUAUGUUACGUAAUUACCCUAGAAAAUGAGCGAUUGUUGUGCAGAACGGAGAGUCUCUAUACGAAACACCCAUGGAGAGAAUCUGGUGGGGAUCUUACAUGAGGCGGCUUCACCUGCACUUGUUAUCGUGUGCCAUGGCUUCCAAUCUUCCAAGGAAAGAAUCCCAAUGGUGAACAUUGCUGCUGCCCUGCAAAAAGAUGGAAUCAGUGCCUUCCGCUUUGACUUUGCUGGAAAUGGGGAAAGUGAAGGUUCAUUCCAGUAUGGUAACUACUACAGAGAAGUUGAAGAUCUGCGAGCUGUAGUUCAACACUUCCGUGAGGAGAAAUAUGUAAUUACAGCAAUUGUUGGUCACAGUAAAGGAGGUAAUGUCGUUCUGUUAUAUGCCUCAAAAUAUAAGGAUAUUCAUAUCAUUGUCAAUAUCUCUGGCCGCUUUAAUCUAGCAAGAGGGAUGGAAGGUCGCUUGGGCAAAAAUUUUAUAGAAAGGAUCAAACAAGAUGGAUUUAUAGCUGUUAAAAAUAAAAGAGGAAAGAUUAUGUAUCGUGUUACUGAAGAAAGCUUGAUGGAUCGCCUAUCUACUAUUACCCAUCUUGCUUGCCUAUUAAUUCCUCAUGAUUGCAGUGUGUUGACAAUUCAUGGAUCCAUGGAUGAAACUGUACCAGCAGAAGAUGCUUUAGAGUUUGCAAAGUUCACAUCUAACCACGAAUUGCACAUCAUCGAAGGAGCUGAUCACGAAUAUUCUCAUCAUCAAGAUGAGUUGAGCAGCUUAGUUUUGGGAUUUAUCAAGGUUCAUACUGAUAAAGACAAUGAUACAUCUAAGCAGACACAUUUUGGAAGAGUAGAUAAACCCAUUCAUUCACGACUCUAGUUUAUAGAUUAAGCAGAUUCGACACCCCUUUCUUUUAAACCAUCCUUCUUACAAAUGAAGUCACGUUCUUGAUAAGUAGAUCAACAAGAGAGAGGGAUAAACCCCGUCCCAUAUUUAACUUCCCAAGUGCCCAUCUUGCAACUAAUAAUUAGCUACAGUCAAAGUUAAGAAAGAAAAUUGACUAAUGCUGCCUAAGUUAUUGGACCUCAAUAGUGGCACACCUGACAAUAAUUGCUGCAUCAUUAUUGCCAGGUUGUCUAUCGACAAUAGACUCUCAUCACUGCUGUUAAAAGUUUAUGCUCUUGCAGUUGCUACAGAUGAGUGAUGAAAUGAACAUCACAAGUAUGAACAUGGCUCAUCUGGUAGAAAAUAUGAAGCUAAGCUGAUUUAAUUCUCAUUUCUGCUGAUGAGCGGCCUCAGCUAACAAGUAAUUAAAAAGGGCAACUGUCACAGCAAUUUAUCUUGGAGAUUGACUACUACGUUUGUAAUUAGAGUCCAGACUCUCCCUGACGCUGUGUAAAGAUUUACUCAUCCCCAUAACAUUUUUGCACAUUUCGUUUGUCCCCCAUAACGCUUUCUUUUUCGUUGCCUUUAUACUCUUUUGGGAAAAACAUCAAUACAACCCAAUAUCAUGUUUCAGAAAUGAAUCCGGAAAAGACUAUGAAAGUGCAAUAUGUUCCAGG